AUGGGCUUGCUUUCGGAGGGUACACCGCUCUCCUGGCCGGACUCGCGUGAGUACCGCGAGCGCGUCAAGUCCGGCGGAAUUGCCCAGUUUCUCACUAUCUUCCACGCCGCGAAGCACUUCCGCAACCACGACCUGCGCUGGGGCGACGAGGUCGAGUACCUGCUGCUGCACAAAUACCCUCUGGAGCGCCGCGCCACCCUCUCGUUGCGCGGCCCGGAGCUGCUGCAGCUUCUCCAGCAGGAGGAGCACGCCCGCCCGACCGGCUCCUCCUACGCCCGCUGGAUGAUCGAGGGCACCCCAGGCCUGCCGUACCGCUGCUACGCCGCCGACUUGGCCAACGUUGAACUCAAUAUGGCCCUCCGCAGGAGCGAGAUUGCAAACUUGCUCGCCCCCAUGGAGUCCGUCCUCAGCAUUACCUUGUUCCCCAGGACGGGCUGCGCCCGCUUCACCACCCCGCCCACCGCCCCCUUCGGUCCCGUCGCAAAGUCCUUCUUUACCAGCGAUGACGUCAUCAGCCCGCACCCUAGGUUUCCUACCCUGUCCAGGAACAUCCGCCUGAGGAGGCAGAGCAAGGUCCGCAUGGAACUCCCGCUCUUCAUGGAUACCAACACGGACCCGCACCGUCCGCUCGUUCCGAGCGACGCGGACGUGCGUGAAAUGCUCAACCGCGCCCGAGCUGACGUCGAAGAUCAAGACGACCUCACCCUCCUGGAGGAAGGCCUUGCUGAGCGCGUCCGGGAAAAGAUUGUCCUGGAUUCCACAGCAUUUGGCAUGGGAGCCUCUUGUCUCCAGGUCACCGUUCAGGGCCGCGACUUGAGCGAGUCCAGGUAUCUCUAUGAUCAGAUGGCUGUCAUGGCUCCGCUCAUGCUCGCCCUUACGGCCGCUACCCCAGCGUGGCGCGGGAUGCUCGCGGAUACUGAUGUGCGGUGGUCCGUGAUAUCAGGGGCCAUGGACGACAGGAGCCCUGAGGAAUUGGAGGCUGGUGUGAUUACUAAUUUUAAGCCGGAAGAAUACAAUGAUGUCCCCGUGGCGAUUAAUGAAGACGCGUACAAGCGACUGCGAGAAGGCGGGGUAGACCAUAUGCUUGCACAGCAUGUGGCACAUUUGUUCAUCCGGGACCCACUGGUCAUAUACAAGGAGAAAGUGGAUCAGGACAAUGCGACGUUGACGGAUCAUUUCGAGAACAUCCAGAGUACAAAUUGGAACACGGUGCGAUUGAAGCCACCACCACCGGGGACGGACAUCGGGUGGAGGACGGAGUUCCGGUCGAUGGAGGUGGGACUGACGGACUUUGAGAAUGCGGCGUUCUCUGUGUUCAUGGUGCUGUUAUCGCGAGUGAUAUUUGCGUUCAACCUGAAUUUCUACAUUCCGAUUUCGAAGGUGGAUGCGAAUAUGGAGACUGCACACAAGAGGGAUGCGGUGAGGAAGGAAGCGUUUUUCUUUCGGAAGAAUGUGUUCAAGGCAUCGGAUGGGUCAGGAUUCAUGUGUGAGUGUGGACACAUUCACAAUGCAUCGUUGGUGGGUGGGCAGGCGGAAAGCGUAGACAUCAACAAAUUUUGUUCGGAUGCCUCCGACACCGGUUCGGAGGAGUUCGAUUCGAUGACUUUGGACGAGAUAUUUAACGGGAAACCAUUGCAUCAAAACGGGAUGUCCGCUGGGUAUGAAUUUGCAGGUUUGCUCCCUUUAAUGCGUGGGUACUUGGAUGCGCUCAAGAUUGAUGGACCCACAAGGCAUCGACUAUUGACUUAUUUAGAUUUCAUAGGAGAGAGGGCGGCUGGGAACUUGAUGACGAAUGCGAGCUACAUACGGGACUUUAUCAUGAACCAUCCGGAAUACAAGCAGGACUCAAACGUAUCGGAGCACAUAUGUUACGACUUGAUGGAGGAGCUAGAGGGGAUUUCAGCAGGCGAUAUCGUGGCCGAAAAGCUAUUGGGACGGUUUGAGGCCGAGGGGAUUUUCACACAUGACGAGACACCCCAUACGAUGAUGGAGCGGAUGCAGAAAAAGUUUGAAGGUCCUGAAGCUGCCUUGCUACGUGGGUCGUCGAUGCCGAGCUCAGCGUUGGCGGAGACAGUAAGGACGCUUGCAGAAAUGAAAUCACAGCAGGAAGAAACUCGAAAUAAGAAAGAAACCUUCUGCACCGCCGCAUCGAGCAGAAGCGGCAUAACAAGGCUAUUCUGGGAACCAUUGCACGAGACACUGUUCGAAUUGAAGGCGAGAAGAAUCGUCGUUUUGUCAUGGGCCUAUUAA